CCAUUCUGUGUGGAAAUGAGAGAGCAGGAGGCCCUGACUCGUGUGCGGUCUGACUCUGGCAGAGGAGUGAGCUCCGUGGUACGCCGUUGUGUUCAUCGAGCUACUGGCCAUGAGUUUGCGGUGAAGAUCAUGGAGGUGACAGCUGAGCGACUGAGUCCUGAACAGCUAGAGGAGGUGCGAGAAGCCACGCGGCGAGAGACGCACAUCCUUCGCCAGGUCGCCGGCCACCCCCACAUCAUCACUCUCAUCGAUUCCUACGAGUCUUCUAGCUUCAUGUUCCUGGUGUUUGACCUGAUGCGGAAGGGAGAGCUGUUUGACUAUCUCACAGAGAAGGUGGCCCUCUCAGAAAAGGAAACCAGGUCCAUCAUGAGGUCUCUGCUGGAAGCAGUGAGCUUUCUCCAUGCCAACAACAUUGUUCACCGAGACCUGAAGCCCGAGAAUAUUCUCCUAGAUGACAAUAUGCAGAUCCGACUUUCAGACUUUGGGUUCUCCUGCCACUUGGAACCUGGCGAGAAGCUUCGAGAGUUGUGUGGGACCCCAGGGUACCUAGCACCAGAGAUCCUUAAAUGCUCCAUGGAUGAAACCCACCCCGGCUACGGCAAGGAGGUCGACCUCUGGGCCUGUGGGGUGAUUUUGUUUACACUCCUGGCUGGCUCACCACCAUUCUGGCACCGACGCCAGAUCCUGAUGUUACGCAUGAUCAUGGAGGGCCAGUACCAGUUUAGUUCGCCCGAGUGGGAUGACCGUUCCAACACCGUCAAAGACCUGAUCUCAAAGCUGCUCCAGGUGGAUCCUGAGGAGCGCCUGACAGCUGAGCAAGCCCUCCAGCACCCCUUCUUUGAGCGCUGUGAAGGCAGCCAACCCUGGAACCUCACCCCCCGCCAGCGGUUCCGGGUGGCAGUGUGGACCGUGCUUGCUGCUGGACGAGUGGCCUUAAGCACCCAGCGUGUCCGGCCACUGACCAAGAGCGCACUGCUGAGGGACCCUUACGCGCUGCGGCCAGUGCGGCGCCUCAUCGAUAGCUGCGCCUUCCGGCUCUACGGGCACUGGGUGAAGAAAGGUGAGCAACAGAACCGAGCCGCCCUCUUCCAGCACCAGCCCCCUGGGCCUUUUCCCAUCCUGGGCCCUGAAGAGGAGGGGGAACCAGCUGCUAUCACCGAGGAGGACGCCAUGCUGGCACUGGGCUAGCACUUCGGCCCCGGGGAACCCCACAGUGCAGGACUCUCCAGGAGGAGGAUUUUUAUCAUUCCAGCCCUUCUGGGCUUUGGCCUCAGGCCCCCCCAGCCUGGCCAGGCCUACCACUGCUCAUACUACCAUAAAGACCAGCCGUGUACACCUGUCCCCACCAGCCAAGACUUUGGGAUCGGAGCUGAGGGGGAAGGCAGCCACGCGCAACAGCAUGCCUGGCCUUGUCAAUGCUGCCUCUGCUGCAUUUGCAAUAAAAUCUGCACUCCGGAGGGAGCCAGUGCCCGGA